UUGGCCGCGUGAGUGUGGGAAAGAGCGCGGAGCCGAGUUCACACGCCGGGCGGUGCGGCCUUACGCAGCCGGGCGGCGGGCACCGCGCACGGUCGGGAGCCAGGGACCCCGGCCGAGGGGCACGGAGCACCGCGCGCCCGCCACUCGCCGGCCCGUUACCCGGCGGCGCGUUGCGCCCGGCACAGAAGGCGCGGGACCACCAUGCCCGCAGAGCCCGCAGAGCCCGCAGGGAAGCCGAGCGCCUCGCCGCGGGCAGGAGCGCCAGCCAGCGCCCGCCGGACCCCAGACAAGUCUCGGAGCGCGGCCGAGCACCUCCUCCAAGCCCGUCAUGGAGAAGCGGCGCCGAGCGCGCAUCAACGAGAGCCUGGCGCAGCUCAAGACCCUCAUCCUGGACACCCUCAGGAAAGACGUAAGCCGGGGGCGGGGGCGCGGGAUCCAGGUGCGGGGCCCCGCGUCUGGGACACGGCUUGCUACAGCGCCCACCGUACCUGCCCCCAGAGCUCCCGCCAUUCGAAGCUGGAGAAAGCGGACAUCCUAGAGAUGACAGUGAGGCACCUGCAGGGCCUGCGGCGCGUGCAGGUGACAGCCGCACUCCACGCCGACCCAGCCGUCCUGGGCAAGUACCGCGCCGGCUUCAACGAGUGUCUGGCGGAGGUGAGCCGCUUCCUGGCCGGCUGCGAGGGUGUCCCCGCCGACGUGCGCUCCCGCCUGCUCAGCCACCUGGCGUCCUGCCUAGGCCAGCUGGGGUCCUCGCGCCGCCCGGCCCGGCUGACCCCCGUCGCCGAGGCCCCGGCGUCCGAGGUCUACUCGCUCUCUCUGCUGCCCGCGCCCAACGAUCCCCUGCCCCUACUGCGCCCCGGGGCUGCCUUCGCUCUCCUGCCGGCCUUCUCCGCGUUGGGGCCCAUGCCGGUGCCAGGCCUGACGGGGGCGCCUCCCGCGGUCCCCCGGCCGGGGCCGCAGGGCCAGGGCACGCCCUGGAGGCCGUGGCUGCGGUGAGGACGCGACCCUCGAACUUCUGGGGCUCCCGGCCCCGUCCUAGGACCAAGGCCCUUUGCCGAGAGAUACCCAGAGAAUAUUUAUUACUAGAAGCUGCGUCCAGAGUGGUAGUGUGUUUUUUCUUUUAAACGGGAAACGACUUAGUGGAGGGCGGUUGUGGACUGGAGAGUGAAGCUCGGUAGCUGGGGGCGAGAGGAAAUCCGGGAGGGCUGUGUGUCCCUCGGAUUCUCACCGCCAACCGCUGCUUGCAGCCAGCGUCUCCCUCCGAGGGCCGGGGAACGGGGACGCCUGUGUGAGGUCCCUGCGUCGCUCGGCGCCUUGGCUCUGGGGGUGAGACAGCGGGAGGCACCGCCCCCAGGCUCUGCCUCCGCCCCUUCUUCCUCCCGCCUCCAGUUCCAGGCUGCGCCUGCGUACUGAGUGUGGUCGGCCCACGCGUUGGGGUUGUUUGGGUCUGCCCUGUGGCCAGCGACUCGCCUUCAGGUGGGGGUGUGAGGGUUCCCUUGGGAGGCCCAGGAGGAAGGCGACAGAACUCGAAGUUUUCCAGAAUGUGUCUAGGGAGUUCAUGCAAUGUUACCAGGCGAGUUGUUUUUAAAGACUCUCCGUGACUCUGGGGAUCCUGGCUUGUUGGGACACGUGCUUGUUCACACCCUAGUGUGCAAUGCCAUGACCCUGCGCUGGGAUGCGCCGCCCUGACGCCUCAGUUCUCGCGGUCUACCUC